AUGUAUGUGGCUGCGAAGGAGACAUUGGUGGAGUAUUUCCAAAAAACCAGCCUCAAUGGAUUUGGCCUUUUGUAUUACAUACGAAAGCGAAAGUAUCAAAGGACUCGCGGCUUUUUCGAUUACAAUAUGCCCAAUUUUUGGUUGCGCAGAUUGCGCCUUUUUGCUGGAUUUUUCAACACUGAUUCCGUUGAUUUUGAUGAAGCUCUUGAACUGCAAAAUCGGCUCGAUCGCAUAACUGGAUACGCAUUCAAUGCGAGGGAGGUUCUCAAAGGCCUGGCACCCAAAUGUCAAGAUUUGUUAUUGGAGUGUUAUUGGUCUGGGCAGCCAUUACGGUGCGAGGAGGAAUUGAAAGCUGUGGCUUUUGCCAAUGGUCAUUGUUGUGUCUUUAAUUAUCUUUACGAUAAGACCCCCGAAGACUAUUACUAUGUCAAUCGUACAGGCAAGGAUAUGGGUUUGAUACUUCUACUGAAUAGCUCUACUUCGGAUUACUUCUACUCUGAGGAUAGUUCCAAUGGCUUUAGCGUACAAAUAUUUGGUCAUCAACGCAUAGCGGAUACUUCCACGGGGGAGGUUGGAGAAUUUCAUGUCGAUGCUGGGGAUUCUAUUGAAAUACGCUUGAAGUUGGUCUCCCAGGUGACAACGACUGAAACCCAGGAUCAUCGUGUGGAGAAGCGUGGCUGCUAUUUUCCCAAUGAACAUCAGGAUGGCAUACAUGGCCAGGCCGAGUGUUUGUUCAAUUGCCGACUGAGAAGUAUUAAAUCUUUAUGUGAUUGCAUACCGUUUUAUGCAUACGACGGCAAGGCAAAUAAUUCGCAAACGCAAUGUUCAUUAGCACAUAUGGAGUGUUUGGAAAGAUAUAGAAUUACCUGGCAAACCUAUAGUCCUCCCAUCACGAACCUAAAUAAGCAUUUACAGGCUGAGCUGAUUGAUUCCUUAAGUUGUGACAAAUGUCUACCCUUGUGCAGCUAUAAUCGCUAUGACUAUUUUAAGGCUAAAAGCAAUCUCAAGGAUGUCUUCAAUUCUGCGGAUAACAUGAAAUUCAUCACAACUGUUCCCAGAUUAACUUCUGAUAUCAGCUUAGUGAAGAUCUAUUAUGAUACACCAUACGGAACCAAAUAUCAGAAGAAUGUUCUCUAUAAUUGGUUUCAGAUCCUAUCAAAUAUUGGAGGUGUGAUUGGUAUCUCCAUGGGCUGCUCUCUGAUAAGUGGUUUUGAAAUUAUUUACUUUGGAAUCGUACGUUUAGUGGAGAAUUAUCUAAAAUUUCGAGCUUUAAGAAGAUAAAUAUUACACCAACCGCCAUAGGAUAUUCAUUUUGUAAUUAACUGGCAUACAAAUAGCUUCU